AUGGCCGCGUCCGCCGGGGGUACGCAGGCGCCGCCCGGCGGGGAGGCCGAGCAGUGGUUGGCGUGCCGGCAGUGUGCAUUGCCGCUGGCGACCGCCGCGGAGCUCAUCGAGGAGAAGUUCGCGUCCUGGCAGAAGGUCACGUGGGCCUACGAGCUGGGCGUGCUCGGCCGGGAGAGUACAUGGUGCUACUCCGCGACCAACGCCCACGACCACCGGUUCGACGUCGUCCGGGUGCUCCCCAGCGCUCUUGGGCCGAGCAUACGCUGCAGCGGCGAGCCCACGCAGGAGCAUUCCUGGUUCCCGGGCUUCUCCUGGUCGAUGGCGCACUGCCGGCUCUGCGACGCGCACCUGGGCUGGAGCUUCAGCCCCGACGGGGCGGCGCCAGCUCAAGGCCAGGGGCCGCUGGGCCGCACGGCCCCGGCAGCCCCAGCGGCACCCCAGGCGCCGCUCGGGCCGCAGGGGCUGGAGGAGCCGAGGGCGGAGGGGGGGGAGGCGCCGGGCCCCGCGGCGCGCCCGCGCCCUCGGCCGGCCGCCCGCUUCCUCGGCCUGGUGCUCACGAAGCUGCGGGAGGAGGCGCUCCCGCGCGAGGAGGCGGAGCGGCGGCUGGCCGCGGCGGAGCGGCGGUGGCUCGCGGGCGCGCCCUCCGCGGCGGCGCUUCUGCUGCAGGAGCUGCUCGGCGGCGGCGCGGCGCGGGCCCACGGCAGCAGGCUGCGCGCCGUGCUCCGCUCCGCGGCCGCCUCCGGCCGCCUGCCGGCAGCUGGGCUCCCUGGCCGGCCAGGGCGCGCCGCCGGCGGCGCUCUCGCCGCCGAGGGCCCCGGAGGGGACGCGGCGCCAGCGCCCGAGGCCACGGAGGCCGAGGCAUCCGGAGCGGCGGCGUGA